UCCUGUUGGGACUGAAGGAGGAUCGUUUUGUCUUUAAUUUGAUCUACUUUUAUAUUUGUUUCCAUUUAAACUAGGAUAUUUAACAGCUCUGGACAUGGACAGGACUAUAUUGAGGAUUUCAAGGCCUAAAUCAAAUUUUCAUUGUAGAUUUUUAGCCUUUUAGAGCAUCAAAUAGACUUUUUUUCAAUGUUUUGGGAGUUGCAUUUUCAGUGUUUUAAACCUCACGUUGGAUAUACUUGAGAUGGGGGCCUCUGGUUUGUUUGAAGUCAGAACUGAGAAAGGAGUUUGCUGCAUGCUUUUUCUGCUCCUGCUGUGCAGUGUUGGAGGGAAAUGUGAGCUUCAGGAAUCAAAACCUGCAGCCUCAGCCGACCUCCCCACCGCCAACCCCGUCAAACCUUUAGACCAUGAACCCCAGGCCUUCCCUGACGCGGAGAGGGCCAACCUCCCUGUGUUUACCAUGGACUACCCCCGGAUCCAGGUCCCCUUUGAGUUCACACUCUGGAUACUGCUGGCCUCUUUCGCCAAAAUUGGUUUCCACAUUUACCAUAAAAUCACCAUCUGGAUCCCUGAGUCCUGCCUCCUGAUCUCCAUCGGCCUCAUUGUCGGCGGCAUCAUGUACUCGGUCAAAGAGGAGCCUCCCGCCGUCCUCAGCUCCAACGUCUUCUUCCUCUACAUGCUCCCGCCCAUCAUCCUCGACAGCGGCUACUUCAUGCCCACCAGGCUGUUCUUCGAGAACAUUGGCACGGUGCUGUGGUACGCCGUGGUGGGAACUCUGUGGAACAGCAUCGGCAUCGGGCUGUCCCUCUUCGCCAUCUGCCAGUUUGAGGUGUUUGGACUUCAGGAUAUCAACCUGCAGGAGAACUUGCUCUUCGCCGCCAUCAUCUCGGCCGUGGACCCUGUGGCAGCUCUGAACGUGUUUGAGGACAUCGGAGUGAAUGAACAGACAUAUAUUGUCAUAUUCGGAGAGGGACUGUUCAACGAUGCAGUCACUGUGGUACUUUACAGCAUGUUCUCCUUCCUGGCAGACUUGCCCAUCGUUGAGUCAACCGAUGUGUUUCUGGGAGUAGCCCGGUUCUUCGUGGUGGCGGCCGGUGGCGUCCUGUUCGGCGUCCUGUUUGGAUUCGCGGCCGCGUUCACCACACGUUUCACCCACAACGUCCGUCAGAUCGAGCCCCUCUUCGUCUUCAUGUACAGCUACCUGGCGUACCUGGUGGCCGAGUGCUUCGCCAUCUCCAGCGUGUUGGCGCUUAUAACAUGCGCCAUCACCAUGAAGUACUACGUGGAGGAGAACGUCUCCCAGAGAUCCUGCACCACCAUCCGCCAUGUUGUCAAGAUGCUGGGCACCGUCUCCGAAACCCUCAUCUUCUUCUUCCUGGGUGUCGUCACCAUAACGACCGAGCACGAGUGGAACUGGGCCUACAUCCUGUUCACGCUGGUGUUCGCCUUCAUCUGGAGAGGACUCGGGAUUCUGGUGCUGAGCCAGAUCGUCAACCCAUUUCGGACCAUCACCUUUAAUUUCAAGGACCAGUUUGGACUCGCCUACGGAGGCCUGCGAGGGGCAAUCUGCUUCGCCUUGGUGUUCACCCUGCCUGACACCAUCAACAGAAAGAACCUGUUUGUCACGGCUUCAAUCGCUGUUAUCAUAUUCACCAUCUUCAUACAGGGCAUCAGCAUCCGUCCCAUCAUAGAAUAUAUGAACAUCAGGAAAACCAACAAAGACAUGAUGACGAUCAACGUAGAGAUCCACACCAGGGUGAUGGAGCAUGUCGUUAGUGGUAUUGAGGACUUGUGUGGACAGUGGAGCCACUAUUACUGGAAAGACAAGUUCAAGAAGUUCAACGACCGCAUCUUGAGGCGCAUCCUGCUCCGAGACAACCGGGCCGAGUCCAGCAUCGUGUCCCUGUAUAAGAGGCUGGAGCUGCAGAACGCCAUCGAUAUUCUGGACACACCGAUGGGAGACAUCAGCGCGGCGCCGUCUCUAGUGUCUUUAAGCGACGAGAGGAAGGAGUCGUCCCGACCGAAGAAGAAGUUCAUGGCUGCUGACGUGAGGAAAAUGCACGACAUCCUGUCCAAGAACAUGUACAAGAUCAGGCAGAAGACGAUGGCGUACACCAACAAAUACAGUCUGCCCGAUGAAAGCCAGACCAGGGAGAUUCUGAUUCGCCGCCACGCGAGCGUCAGACGCAGCGUCCGUGCUGGAAGUUUCCGCGAGCUGCCUGAUCAAAACAUCCCCAAGUCUCAGAAGUAUUACUCCCUGCAGCCUGGAGGGGAUCUGGAGAGUGCGUUUGCCAUCAGAAGAAGAAGUCGUGGUGGUGAAGCGGACCGUCUCUCAAACCAUCUCCAGCUCACAGGUGCGUCUCCACGCUCCUCAUCACGCUCUCUGGUCCCUAUGAGGAGGCUGAACACCAUCAAAGAGGCCCGCCAACAGAUGCCCUCUCCUGGGGUGGAUGUUUUGGACGAGAGAGGUCCUGGAGGUCUGAGGGGUUCUAGUCUCAGAGGCCGGAGAGCACCGGUUCCUGCUCCCAGGAGGCGCAGCUCAGGUCACGAAGACGAAGACCACACUGACUCUACAGGAGAGACUGAACCUGUGAACCCUCCUCAGCUACCUCCGCCUGGUGCAUGGGCACCUGAGAACCAGGACGGCAGAGAAAAUGGAGCCGGAAAUCCUCUGCUGAGACACUCGUCAUGGGGCCCUCGAGGCUCGGGGAGAUCGUGACACACAGAGAGGAAGUAUUUUGGAUGAAGUCGACUCCAGAGCGGCCCUGGAGGAUGAACUACUUUUAUUAGUGGAGCUUUAAAAACAAAAACAAAAAGAAUGAAUUAGCAACAGCUUCGUACUGCAUCUCAGGGAAAAUGCUCACAGUUUGAUGAAAAUAUAAAUGGGAUAAAGUGUCAUGAUAGUGAAGAUCAUCUUCCUGUUUUGGGGUGUUUUACUCUUUUUCUAAAUAAAAUUAAAAAUAACCA